UAUAAAGGGAUGGUUUCAAAGAGACAGUUUUUGUUCUGUUUAUAUUUCAAGAAACAGCUUGAGCCAGCUUUGUGUCAGAAAUGAAAACCAUUGUUCUCUUCUGCCUCUUCAGCCUAUCACUCAGGGCCCAAGCUAACAGUUGCCACCUGAAACCAGACUCAGGAAACUGUUUAGCUUAUAUACCGAGAUUCUACUUUGAUCCUGAAACAGGAACUUGUGAAGAGUUCAUCUAUGGUGGUUGUGACGGGAACGAAAACAACUUCGAAACAGAAGAAGAAUGUCUAAAAACUUGUAAAGCCGAGGCUGCAGAUCAAGUUAACGAUUGUCACCUGGAACCAGAAACAGGACCAUGCAAAGCUUACAUCCCCAGGUUUUAUUUCAACAAAGAAACAGGAACGUGUGAACAGUUCAUCUACGGUGGUUGCUUUGGAAACGCGAACAACUUUGAGACUAUAGACGAAUGUCACGCGAUUUGUAAAGCCGGUGUCAAGACCGUAAGACAGUUGAACGAUUGUCACCUGGAGCCAGAAACAGGACGAUGCAACGCUUACAUCCCCAGGUUUUAUUUCAACAAAGAAACAGGAACGUGUGAACAGUUCAUCUACGGUGGUUGUGGUGGAAACGAAAACAACUUUGAAACUAUAGACGAAUGUUACGCAGUUUGUAAAGCCUCUGCUGUCAAAAUCUUAAGACAGUCUAAUGAUUGUCACCUGGAGCCAGAAACAGGACCAUGCAAAGCCUAUAUCCCCAGGUUUUAUUUCGACAAAGAAACAGGAACGUGUGAACAGUUCAUCUACGGUGGUUGCGAUGGAAACGCAAACAACUUUGAGACUAUAGACGAAUGUCAUGGAGUUUGUAAAGGUUCAAGAAAGAGUCUUGACGGUGCUGAUGAUAAAGCGCACUGCUUCCUCCCCCCCGAAACUGGGAAGUGUUUCGGACAUUUUCCAAGCUUUUAUUACGACCCCGAAUCUGAGACCUGUGAAUCUUUCAUCUACGGUGGAUGUGGAGGGAACGCAAAUAGAUUUUUAACACAGAAAAAGUGUCUAGAAUCAUGCGAAGGAGCCUAAUCCAGAAAACUUCUACUGCAGUUUGGACGUAUGCGGGGGAGAUUUAUGACAAGCUUUAUUCCGUUAAUUUUAGUGUUUCAGUUAUCUUUAAACAGGAUGUUUAACAUUAAAUAAAAAA